GCGAGGGUUUACGGUCAGUGGCGUCGAGUUCCGCGAGCGGUGUUCCUCGCGCCCGGAACGGAGCCUGUCGCGGGACACCAGCGUGUCGCGCACCGGACACUUUGUGGAAAAUUAACGACCCGCGUCCGAAACGUGACGCAGAACCAGUCUCGAUUUAAUUUCCGGGCAGAUGUAUGUCACGCAAUUGUCACGGUAGAUAGACGACGACUCCCGUAGAGCGGAUUUAAUGGACCGUGUCGCGUAUACUUUUGCAUGGUCUCUCCGCUUUCGGAGAGUAUCGUAUGAUUUGAAUUGAAGCUCAGUCAGGAUUAAAGUCGCGUGAUCUUCGAUGAUUGGAUGAAAAGCUUCACUCGUGCACUUCGUUUGCAACACCAUCAAGAAAUCGGUAAUCGGACGACGUCGGUAGGAACUGCGAGAUAGGGUAAACGAAGAAAAUAAUGUCAUCAACAUCAACAUCAUCAUCAUUAUCAGCGAUAUCAACAUUCACACGCUACAAUAGUGGCGGAAUGCGAGAUUUCAUUUCAUACUUUACAUUUGUCGAAUUUUCCAAGGUUUAUUGUGUUAUACCGCAAGCUUAAUGCUGCCACUUUUGCCAAGAAGAAUACGAAACACAAUUUCGGAGGAGGAAAAUAUAGAGAUUCGAGCAUAAUUCAUUCCGGAAGGUGAUUAGAUGACGUAAAUCAUACCCUGACGUCGUCAUAAGCUUGCACUGGCGCGAUAUAUUAUUCAGAGAGAGAUUAAGUUUACACAAUUAAGUGUCUUGAGUGGCAAAGUCUGUAUAUUUCGAGUUUAACAAGGGCGGAAAGCUGCGAGCUGACGUUGCUGGAGAACGCGUCGUGAAUGGCGGGCUUGUUUUCGAAGAAAGUUUCAACCUAUUCCGAGACCCGAGGGAAACACGCUUUGCUUGAGCCUCCUCCUGUAUCCCGCGACGGGAAAGAAGCCGAUCGCGAUCGAGCAUUUCAUUCAUCGUGUCGAAGGGUCCCGCAGAACUUUUUAUGGAAAUUCAAUUUGAAUUGAGAGGACAACAAAAAAAGAGACAGAGUGCUUAUCCUCGAUAUUACUUUCGUACCCGCGCGAUUUAUGUAAAGCACGAAAUCCAGAGUAUAACAAAAUCUUUCUGCAUGCCGUCAAAUCUAGCGGGCCGCGAUCGCGCUGAAUAAAAAUUGCCGAUCAUCUCGCGCGCCCUGAAAUCGACGCGCUCCGCCCGCUGGCAAACUUUCGACAGAAAUUUGCGAUUCAAUGCGAGCAGCGGAAACACCGCUGCUGGCGUAUUAGAUGUCUCCUCCUGGACGAAUAUUUCACGAUCCAACGUUCGUCCGUAGAAUUCACGGAAUGUAGUCGCGAGGAUUCGCGCGUGUGUCGGUGUGAGCUUACGCACACACCCGCGCCCGCGGCAUAUUUCACACGUUUGGUUAUCGAAUCGCCGUAUGCGUUCGACAACGUCCGUUGUCCUUCAGCGAACCUCGCUGUCGGGAGAUUGAGAUCGCGAUUGCAAAAAAGGGGAAAAAUCCGCAAUCUGUAUCAGUGACCGUAAUUUCCUUUCAUCGUCAACGACAAUCUCUUCUCUCGUAUCGGUUUCUCGCGUCAUUGAAACUUCGCAUGAUUUGAAUAAGAAAGUCAAAUGUCGGCCGCUCGAAGCCGACUAGCUUUGUUUGACUAGCUAGAGCUGGCGGUAGGGCCGGAAGAGUGUCGAAACGGGAUCGAUGCUGUGUUGUUUAUCGAAGGUGGAACCUAGGCAGACCUGUGAGCGUGGUAUGCCCUGGUAUACCUUUGAUGCGUCACCUCGACGCGAGGGUCUCUUCGUCACCUCUGAUAUUGGACGCUAAGCCCGUGCGGAGGCUGCUGCUAUCGGUGUCUUGGCUCGUUCGUCCGAUAAAGUCACCACGAGAUGAACGACCGCGUCGACUCGUCUAUCCGUGAACUCGAUUCAGUUAUUCAUUCAUCAGACCGAUUCAUUUGCCGACGUUCUUGGCGCGAGCACGUCACUUUAUCGCGUCGCCGUGCCUUUGUUGCAUUACGUCAUUUUAGCAUUACGACGUUCCUCGUUUUAUCGCGUAACAUCGUUUCAUUACACCGUUUAUUACGCUGUUCCUCGUUAGUUCGUUUCAAUCAGCAUCAGUAAUCAGAUGCGCAAUCAUUUAAUUCGUUCAACGUCAUCUGAAUCCCCAAUGGAAAUAGCGCGGUACACAACCGCAUUUGCAACGGGAAAUUUCCGCACCCGAGAUGGCUCAUAAGAAUAUCAUUAUUUUGGAAUCGAUAUUUUCUGGACGCGGCCGUAUCGUAUCGCAAAACCCUACACAUCUGGUUGCCUCACUGAAUUUAUGCGGUGAGGAAUUUUCCAUUGGCGUCUAUUCUCUGCUAUGGAAAUUUGAUUCGUACAUGCAUACGCUUCGUCCAUUUUUUAUUGGUGUACUAUCCUAUAAAAACUAUUUUGUGUUCAGUAAAACAGAAAAAACAUUUUUAACAAGCAGAGAAUAUCGGAAAUCGGCUUUCGCUGCCUUUGGCGAUAAGAUUAUCAAAUUAUCGUUCAAAUGAUAAUUGUCAAGUUAGCGUGUCUAUAUUCAUUCGUCCUUUUAGGAAAAUUAACGAAAAGUGGCAGUCGAAAAUACAUAUCCAAUUAGUGUAAUAAAUACAUUUGUCUUAUCAUAAUUAGAAUUACGCAGCGGAAAGUGCUAUCUAUAAUAAUUUCCCGGAGUCGUCACUCCAGCAGACAGUUUCCUGUCUGUUAUUCCUCACGUCUCUCGGCCUCUGUUUGACUUAGAUAUCGCUGCGUGCGGCGGCGUGACACACAAUUAUCUGCCAUAAUACACGUUCGUUUCCAAUGAUAUCGCAGGUGUGACACUAAUUACGAGCGACGUAUAUCGCUCUCAAGGUGCCGAGUGCGUCUCGCCGACGUUACGCUGUCGCGCAAUAUUUGAAGGACCGUCGAAGCGGACGAGCGCGGGCGGCUCUGCGCGUUUCAUCCCACUCGCUCCGCAAACACUGAGAGAUCUCUCCAACCUGAUCGGACUUGGACGAUCGACCCGGGUCAAGAGAGAAUUCAAAUUGCCGCACGAGGUGCAAGAGGCGCUCUUAUAACUCUCUGUAAUUGGUAUUCCCUCGCCUCCGUCAUGCUACCGUGGGCAUAAAGCUUGAGCCGCGGUGAGUAACGGGACCCGACGACGCCGACGAGCCCCGCCACUGAUCCGAGAAUCGUCGGACAAUCUCGCGACACCUGGACUUCCCUCCAGCCCCGACCUCGCCGCACGAACGGACGCUGAAACGAGCUGGAACCUCGACGCAUUCCGCUUGCACAAGUGGCACGGCGGCCAUGCGGGCGCUAAUGUUCGCCACCGACUGCUGGACGAUCAUGCUAUCGAGCGAGGAAUGCGAGCUCAUUCAGUGACACGCGUAGAUACACGCGUAUAACGUGCGGUGAUCGACUGCAUCGCGCGUAAUCGCACGAUCGCGUUGAACGAUUCAGCAACGGUCCAGGAACGGUCGACAACGAAGAUGCUCUGCCUGGACAUCAAACUGGUCUCGCGACUGCGAGGGGUCUCCUCCUCGUCGGGCACCGGAUCGUCCGCGUCACCGACGCACUCGGCCGCGAGUGCGGCCAAUUCCGCGGCCGCGGCCGGCGCGAGUUCCGGGGAGAAGAGCAAGUGCCGCAAAGCGAAGCGUGAAACUGGCGACGCGAGUGCGGCGACGAUCAGCGACAGCGAGGAGGAACCGCUGCGAGCUCCUUACGCGAGCGUCCAGGAAAUGAUCCGCAGGAACCGAUCCAGAUCCGUGUGCGUGGCAGCGCUCCUGCCGUCCUCGCAGCAUCUUCGGCAACUACACCGGCGCGCCAGUCAUCACGUAUCCACGACAGAUGCGGUAUCGAGACGAGGAGUCCUGUCGAGGCGAUGCUACGGCAGCGUCGAAAUGCUGCCGCAGAUCGAGCAGGACGGUACCGAGAAUGGCAGAAGAUUCCGCGUGGAGAACGGGGACUCCCUGGGGGAGAAAGAAGAGAUGUUCGGCUCGCCGAGUACGCCGAUACUGGAGAAUCCGGAGUACCAGACGCGUUGGUACUUCAAGUACUUUCUGGGCAAACUGCAUCAAAACUAUAUUGCCUCCGAUCAAGAGAGAAAUCCUCUCUUUCUGUCGGUGGUCACGAGCGAGGUCGGCGAUCAAUGCGUGCCGCACUAUCGAGUGAUUUUGUGGAGGCGUACCGGCGCGCAGAAGAUAUCGCUGCCGUACUCGGCGAACAAGACAAUAACCAUCAGACAAAUCCUCAGCAACUACUACGGUCUCGAGAAGCUCGACAAAGCGCCGCGAGAAGUUUUCACGCCCGAAUUGCAAAAGGAUCUAUUACUGCUGGAGGAGCAGGAAGGCUCGGUGAACUUCAAGUUCGGCAUCAUCUACGCGAAAGAAGGUCAAACCACCGACGACGAGAUGUUGUCAAACGAAAGAGGUAGCCCGGACUUCGAGAGGUUUCUGGAGAUCUUGGGCGAGAGGAUACGGCUCAAAGGGUGGGACAAAUACCGAGGUGGCCUGGAUGUGAAAGGAGACAUGACGGGCAAGGAAAGCUACUACACGGUUUAUGCAGGUCACGAAGUUAUGUAUCACGUUAGUACGAUGUUGCCGUAUUCGAAGGACAAUCCACAGCAGCUGGAGAGGAAGAGGCAUAUCGGCAACGAUAUUGUUAACAUCAUUUACACGGAUGAUCCGUCGGCCGUGGAUACUUUCAAUCCAAACUGCAUAAGGAGCCAGUUUACCCACGUGUUCGCGGUGGUGACGACCGAAGCGAGCGGCAACGGGUGGCGGGUCGCUAUUUAUUGCGACGAGAAUGUACCCCUGUACGGGCCGAGCCUACCCUGCCCUCCGGUUUUCGAGGACCCAUAUAAUCUCCGAGAAUUCCUCCUCGUUAAACUGAUCAACGGCGAGAAAGCCACUUUCGACACGCCGACGUUCUCCAGAAAGAGAGAGAGGACCCUCGACGCCCUGUUGCGAGACAUGUACCAGGAACACUCGCAGGACAGCAAGAGCAACAGCAUGCUGAACCGCCGAGCGCUCUCGGACGUCGUGGAGGCGCCGGGACGACGACGAGAGGAAACACGCGCCGUGGAGAUGGUGCGGGUCGGACAGGCUUUGAAGCUGGAGGCCAUCAUGCGGGGUCUCGCACCCACCUCUCUCGCCACGGUCGGGCCCCUCAAGCCCAGGCCAUGGGAACCGAGGUGCAUCUAUCCCGACUUCCCGCACGAGGUCGUCUGCGGUGACGUCUGGGUGGAGAACAGAUUGGUCCUCGCCACGGAGAACGGCACCUUCCUCAUCCAAGACGGAGUGUCGCACCGACUGAUCUUCGACGAGUCCGUGCAGAUAAAGCAGCUGGACGUGGUCGAGCAGCACGGCAUCCUGCUGUUUCGCGCGAGCGACAAAGGCAAGGAGAACAGCGUGUACGUGUUCCGGCUGCGCGAGUUUGAGAUCGACCCGUCCGCGAGGUGCGCCGAGCUGUUCAACAAUCGCGAGCUCGACGAGCGGGAGAAGGAGGAGGAAGACGACGACGAGGAAGCCGAGGACGAGGCCGACGAGCGCAAUGACGAGAACGGCGAGGACGAUGACGCUGACGAAUGCGACAACUUCACCCGCGCCACCGCCAAGUUCCAGCCAGUGAGACGAACGCGGUCGCGAGUGCGCGUCCGCGCGCCCGCCGUGCGCAGCCGGGCGCACAUCAAAGAGCGGAAGCUGCGGCGCACCAGAGGAUCCCACUUGUAUAGCAUCACCAGGCCGGGCGGCUCGCACCUACGCAUGUGUGUGGUCGUCGGUCGCCGGCUGACGGUCCUUCAGUGGAAGCACAAUGCGGCGUGGACCAUCUGGUGCUCCUCGGCCGACACCGACACUGUCGAAGGCUUCCUGCUGCUGAAGGAGUUCACCGCGAGCGAGACUCCCACACUGGUGACAAUGAUCGAGAGCGCCGAUCCGUUGAACGAAUGGACCCUCUGCUGCGGCGCCCGUCAUCACUUCGAGCUGAUUACCGCUUCCGGAGCCUCGAAGAUCGUGCACAUGGAAGCGACUCCUAAACCACACCUGGUGGCGGCAUUGGACCUCCGCGAGGACGAGGAACCCGAGCUGUUGCUUUGUUACAACAAUAUAUGUCACUUUCAAAAGUUGGUGGAGGAGAACACUGCGCCGACCGAGUUCGACUUCAAUUGGAAUUCGAUACCGACAGCCGUAGCCUGUGCCUUCCCUUACGUAGUCGCCUUCACCAACGACACGAUGGAGAUCCGGCUGAUAAUAAACGGCAACCUGGUCCACACGAUUGCCAUGCCCAAUCUCAGCCUGAUCACGUCGAAGCGCGACAUCUUCUUCGCGACGACCGCGCCGGAAUUCCUGCCAGGGAGAUGCGAGCGGAUCCGGCUCGACUCGAAGCCCCUCGAGAAGGAGGAAAUGCCCUGCAGUCCUCCGCCGCAGUCUUCGUCCUCCCGAUCGAGUUUUCAGAACCAGGACUGGAAGCCGAUCAGGAUCUACCGGAUACCGCUGCAGACGCUGUCGAGGAACACGGCGCCCAUCUGCAACCAGAGGAGGUGCCCGAGCCCGGUGGAACCGGAAAUCGUGUCCGCGCCGCCGACUAGCAGCGACCGGACCUUCCUGAACGUCGAGCCGCAUCGCACCCUGAGCAGGUCCUGCAGCAGCAGCCCUACGCCCACGCCGACCACGAACUCACCGUCGCCGCCGUGCAGGAAAUAGACGUAGGCACGUUGGCAUGAUCGCCAAUCCGUAGCGUUCUCGAUGAGCGAUUUUUGCGAGGAAUCGAAGGGUGGAGAGAACCGACCGCACGUACCUGAUUCUUGUGCCCGUUUGCAAGCGGGCGAACACGUGGAAAUCUUUGUCAUUGUUAUGCUGUUAAUAAAACUGUCGCGCUCUGCGUAUAUAUAUUAGGUAUAUGUGAACGCAAGUGCGGCCGCGCACACAGGCACACAAUAUACACAAUACACGUACACACGAUUAUUACUUGGUAGAUUUCUGACGGCAGGAUGCAGUGAUACCUUAAUUACGGAGCGUAACUGCGUGACGUGUUUUUCUUCGCUUUUCAAAGGAUGUUUGUAUCUUAAUAUUUUACUAUUUUAUUCUACAUAGGAGCUGUUAAGAUGUGUGCAUAGCAUUUUCUAUUUAUUUCUAAUUUUAUGUAAUUGAUACACCUCUACCGUGUAAAACAGGCUGCUGGAACGCGAGUUCCGAAGGAAGCUGAUUGCGAACACUUUUGUAAAAAGCCGCGCUCCGCGGCGACGCGUUCGUUUCAACCCCUCUGCGCUCCGCAGAUUUGUUUUACGCAGCACUGACAAUGUAAUUGAGAAGAAACAAAUCUGCGACAGCAGCAGCAGUGGCAUACUCUCAAACUAAAAGUGGAAACCAAGUAUUUAUCGGCAAUUGGUUAUCAUCUUUAAUAUUUUGUUGGAAUCUAGCACAAUUUUACUGUUUAACGCAAUUUUAACGCCAGACCUUAAUGCCAACUCGGAGCCGCAGAGGGUUCUAACAUCUUUCCGACGUAACGCGCAGUGCAAGGUAACUUCCAGUAAGUUUCUCGCGAGAAUCUACCGCGAGGAGAACGCCGAAUGUUCUCUAUGCUUAGGCUAAACCACUUUUGCUUCGUGUUCGUCGUCCGUAAUUAAGGAGGUAACGGCGUCACGCGAGUGACGGUACCUUACUUAGACAAAUUCUCCUUUCGCUUCUGGAUUUUUUCAGGUGAUAUACCGUGUAUCGUAUAGUACCUCAUUGUUUCGAGCAAUCGACUUUAACGAGUAGGACCCAGGCUGAUGACUGCGACUCGGGUCAACGCCGAGGGUAUUUCCGUGUAUUUCAACAGCGUGAAUCAAACUUAACGCGUAUUUAAUGCGUAUACGAAAAGGGCAUUUUUCGAACGUCAGUUCGGUGAAUCACGCGUUUCUUCGAACGCGGGGGAGAGGAGGGAAAGGGAGGGAGGGAUUAAAGAAUGUCGUCGGAGGUGAUCGCCUGUGUUGAUCGAUCUCCGAUCGGGAUCGGGAUCGUCAGGGAGACAGAGAGGUAGAGAGAGAAUGAAAGAAAGAGAGAGAAAAUGAGAGAGUGAGAGAGACUGAGAGAAAGAACAUCCGGCGCGCAGGCAUAUUUUUAUUUAAAUAAAGGAAUAUUAACGCUCGCGCGCGACAUAAGUGAGUGUCGAUGUCUUUACGCGUCGUGUGUAUAUAAUAACAGAAUAAAGCAAAUAAAAUUCUAUGUCA